AAUGACGUAAUAUAUAAUGAAUAAUGACCUUUCACUGAACCAGACAUUGGAUAUCAUGCGUUAGAAUGUACUCUUACUAUGUAUCAAGGCCAAGGUGAUGCAAGAAUGAUAAAAUGGAAUGAAUGAAGGUCAAGACGUUCAAAUACAAUGAAAAUCUUCGUACUUAGUCCUGCAAACGGAAAUUGCCCUCGAUCAUGCCAAAAGUUCGCUACGCGAUCUCAUUUUUAGUAAUUCAAACCGGAGUGUCCCUGGCUUCUUGGACUGGGUCAGCUUGUAAAUACAGUCUGUGUAAAUUGUGUAGUUUAGUAUUUCCACAUGCGAGACAUAAGCAGUUAGCAUCAGUUUUGCAGCGUGAAGUUCGUUCAUCUGUUGCGAUGGUCAAUGUGUCUGCUGCCGGAGUCGGAGAAACAAGUAGUCCCGUAGUAUCGGAGAAGUCACCUGUGUUAAAGCCGAGAAAGCAGUCUAAUUUGGAUCCGAUUGCUGAGAACUCGGUGGUCGCAUCAUCGGGAGACAUGAAGGAAAGAAGAUAUUCUUCAUUAUCGCCAGCGACGUCUAAAGGACAACAGAACAUUCCGACUACUAGAGUAGGAAAUUUAACGCGAGAAAGAGUGCGACAGAACAGAAGCAGUAAUCUUUCGUCGCAAUCGUCUGUCUCAGCUCGCUCGUUGACCAAUCAGAAAUCAGAUAGCAAUUUACCACCGAUUGCCCCACGAAACGGAUUUUCAUCAGCACGAACGCAGAACACCGUUAACGCUGGAAUACGAAAUGCGUCUAGCAGGAGUAAUUCCCAACUAACCGAAAAUCAGAGCUCUGUGCCGGUCAACACAUUGUCAGAAUCAGUUUUUCGAACACUAACAUCGAGUUUCGCCAACUUGGGAUUAAGUUCGAAAAGCGCAUCUGUUAAGCAAACAAGAAGCAAAUCCUUAUCAGUUCAUCGACAUCAAUCGUACACGACAAUACCAGAUUUAGUGCGGGGCUUGAAAGGUUCGAAUUUUCAGAAUAUUGUGGUGGUCCAAGGAGCUGGAGUAAGCACUGGAUCAGGAAUACCAGACUUCAGAAGUAAAGGCACCGGGCUGUAUUCGAAUCUGGCCCAAUAUAAUAUCCCGUAUCCGGAAGCAAUUUUUGACAUUGAUUUCUUUCGAUUGAGACCCAAGCCGUUUUACACAUUGGCGAAGGAGCUUUACCCAUCGGGAAAGUAUAAACCUAAUGUGGUGCAUUAUUUCAUCCGAUUGCUGUUUGAGAAACAGAUGUUAUUGAGAGUCUACACACAGAACAUUGAUGGUCUGGAAAGACUGGCUGGAAUUCCUCCUGGAUACCUGGUUGAGUCGCAUGGAACUUUCACAUCUUCCUCUUGUAUCAGAUGUGGAAAGGCAUUUCCUACAGAAGACAUGAAAGCUGCCAUCUUCUCAGGCAUUGUUGCUAAGUGCCACUCUUGCAAACAGGGGCUAGUGAAACCGGACAUAACCUUUUUCGGCGAAGACUUGCCGAAGCGUUUCUUCAUGUUCAGUCGGGACUUCCCGAAAGCAGAUCUGAUCAUAGUCAUGGGAACCUCUCUAGAAGUGGAACCAUUUUGCAGCAUCAUAGGAUCUUCCAAGCCCUCAGUACCUCGACUUCUCUUAAAUAGAGACAAAGUUGGACCUUUUAAGAGAUCCACACGACCUACAGAUAUGUCUUUAAUUGGUGAACUAGAAGCUUCGGUUUGGGAUUUAAUUCGUCAACUUGGUUGGACACAAGAAUUGAAAGAUUUGAUUAGACAACACGAACCGAAGUUACCGAAAUUUGAAGAUAUUGCAGAUGAAAGUAAUCAUAACGGUAAUGUUUCUUCGCAUGGUGCUGGGAAAAAUAACGCAGUACAAGAGUCGUCGGCGAAAAUCAUCAAUAAAAACAGUACGGUUACUUCUGAUGGUUUGAAAGCAAACGGCUUUUCAAAAAACGACAACAAAGUUAAAAACGGAGUCGGGUCGUUGAGACCAAUGCCUCGGAAUAACACGAUAUCAAAGCCGAAUAGUGUGGUUCGCUCGAGUAAUUUUGGAACUCGGAAAGCUGAGGAUAAUGAUUCAAGAUGCUCGACCUCUGAAAGCUCAAGUGGCACAAACUCCACUUCUAGUUAACGAAAUGAACUUUUUUGUUGCAAUUUAUGAAGCCUUGUAUAGAAUUUUUGUUCGGCGCAAUUAUAA